GCGGGUUGGAAACCCCGAGUCUUCGGGAUGUUCCUUUGAUACAACCUGAAUGUACAUUGUACAGUCCUUUACAGGUCCUACUAAUACGUAGUGGUCACUCGUUAGCGCGGCUGCCUGGCUGCCUCACUCGCGGCAUCCAUGUCUUGAGCGGUACGGGCGGUACAGACUUGCCCUGUCUGGGCAAAUACUUGGUCGAGUAACAGGCAGUGUCGAUCGCUCAUUCGCCCAUCAUGGCGCCAAUUGUAACAUUGUGAGUAUCAGGCGGUACUCAAUACCUCACCGGUCGACAUCCCGUCAUCUUCGUUGUUCGGGCUGCCACGCAACUGAACACCAACUGAACUUCAACACCUUCGAGGUUCAACACUCACCGGUCACAGAUUCAACCGCGGGACUCUCGACGGCUUCUCUUUUCUUUUUGCCCAUUUCUCUUUCCAAUCCAAUCCAUCCCCGCCAUGACAUGCUGUGGGUAUUGCGUCUCGUAUCAACCACAUUGCAUAUGAUACCAGUGCCCACUCUUCCAAUCGUCUUCUUUAACCUCCGAAUCAUCCACUUUCUGUGUAGUUAUGUAUACUACUAGGACGAGUUGCAAUCCUCUUCCCUGAAGGUAUCGGACUUGAACAUUGCAUUCAUAUUCCUCCCGAAGAUGGUUCCUGGAUAACGGCAGCCGACGCACCCGACGGCCAAGUCUCGUUCUACGAGGGAAGGAGGGGGAUUUGGUCAGCCUCAUAAACGUCCACGCUUCUGCCCUCCGCCUCAUUUUCCAGUCGGGCAACAGCAUGCUGCAUACCUAUAGCCCUGCCCAUUGAUUGGCUGGCCUUACGCUCGACGCCUCGGGCUGUUUCCAGCCUCAAUUGUUUCGGGCUGUGCUUUACCCUUUCAAUCAACAGACUUCCUGACCUCGCCCUGUCCCCGGGCUCCUGCCUUGCUGGCCCUGCUACCGCUGACAUACCAUAUACGCUCUUCAGCACCACAUCCAAGCCCAAGAACUACAGUUCGAGCUCCUCAACCGUUAACAUGGCUGGGGCUCCUGCUCAACCCUCUCAUUGGCCGCCCUGUCAGUUGCGGACAGUCAGGUCAAAUGCAUCAAUCGUUCUAUCUCAUGCGGGCGGAGCAACGGUGGUUGACACAGCCCAUCCCACCCUUUCAGAUGCGGCUGAAAAUCAGGCCAUUUUAUCCGCCCUCUCGCCUCCUGACCGUACUCCCACGACUUCCUUGCCGCCAACCCAUUGCAAUCCUUCUUCUGCCGCGGACCAGUUGGAGUCACUGGCCUCUGGCGAUUCCUUUCAAGGGGGCCACCAAUAUUCUUCUCUUUACCCUGUCUCCGAGUUUAGCUACGAAGACUUCGCUGACACCCUUCUCGAUAUCGAGGGUGUAGUCGGUCACACAACGAGCUAUCCUGAUCCAGAAGGCCAAUCUAACGCGGUCUGGACACAUCUGCCUGUUGCUGAAGGAAGGACAACGCCCCUUCCCGCUGGCGUCGAGCUGAACGACCUUGAAAGACACCGACAUCAAGUUGAUGGGGCUCGUGACCUUGUCCCCUCGGCAGUAAGUGGACAAGAAUCGUUCAGAGACUCCGCAUACGACACCGGCUGUGGCAAAUCCCAACAUGAAGUCGAGUCUGUAGAUGACCCGGCGGGAGAAGCCAUGGACCACUCAACAUCCAUCUACCCAAACCCUUCCAUCGGGGAUGAACAUGGCCAAGUCGGUGAAUCCUCAGCCUUGUCAGUGCCUGUGGCGGAGAGUACGGAUACUCAAACACCCCUGACACCUGUCUGCCCUGAAUGCGGCUACGUAUCGAGGACCAAUUCGGACAUCCGGAAACACCGCGCUCGUCACAUACGGGAGUAUGAAUGCCCGCACUGUGUGGGCAAGGCGUUUGCUACGAAGAAUGACCUCGACAGGCAUUUGAAAUCCGUCCAUCGUAUUAACAAUCGCAACAGCAAAGACUACAAAUGUUUUGCAGAAGGAUGUUCAAAGGCGGAGAAACCCUGGCCUCGCAAGGACAAUUUCAAACAGCAUCUGAAAAAGAUGCAUCCAGACCAGGACGAAGACCACCUGCUAGAAUUGUCUGAACAAUGGUACGAGCAGCAGCAGCAGCAGCAGCGACAAUCACAGCAGCAGCAAUCACAGCAGGAGCAAUCACAGCAGCACCAAUCACAGCAGCACCAAUCACAGCAGCACCAAUCACAGCAGCACCAAUCACAGCAGCACCAAUCACAGCAGCACCAAUCGACUCCAGAAUAUCCUUCCAAUGACCCGGAGUCAACCAAUAUGGAGAUGGACACAAUGCCUUCCUCCGGCUCGGUGGCAUCCGCCAUGCACUCUCGUGACGAUUACGAAAACAACUAUGUCCUGCAUCACUCGUCUUAUGAUACCCCUGCCGCCCCGGACAAUCACAUGGAACGGUCCUUGAGCCUCGAUUGCAGACCGCUCGACCCCGCCCUGGGCCGUCCUACAAUGCAACACCACCGCAAUGCGUGGCCACGGCAUCUGCACCGCAGGAAUGUUUCCAACCCAAUUUCUUCCUCAAGACUACAGGCACAGCCUCCCUAUCUCUUGUCCCAUGACGACCCCAUUAUACCCUCUGUACCACCCAUGCAAAGGACGCAGUCCCAGAGCGACUAUGCAAGCUACUCGAACAAUUUCCCACAGGCGUUUACCUCAGGCUCCUUGAUGGAUUAUGAGCCUUCCAACAACAAUAAUCCCUGGGCUGUUGCUGUUCCUAACGACCUAGCGCCAGCCAUGAGCAUUCCUAUCAGAUACACUGUCGAAAAUGACCAGAUACGUCGAAUUCCUGGCCCCCAUACGGUUGCCGUGCCCACCUACGAGAGGUCGGCAGAGCUUGACUAUCCGCAAGACGUCCAAGCUACACCUUCAGAUGAACUGAGUAGAGGACAAGAGGAACUAUUGCUCAACGUUGGCGGAAGCACGGGAAGUACAGCCACAAAUGGCCCCGACCUAUCACUUCCGCCCCAGCAGCCUUUUCGGCUCAACGUAAUCCCUCCGGAAGAACAGUCCCACGGGACUAGAAGACAACUCGGCGAAAAGUUGCAAGUGGAAAUCCAAUCGUUCUUACACAACCACAACUCGAACGCCGAAAAGGACAAAGCUUUUUCCUUUUCGGAUGAUGACAUUCUCAAUGUGGUCCGAUCGGGCCUACAGAACCUAUCAUCAAGCAGAACCGGCGCCCCGGUCGGCGGCGAUGGCAAUGCCGGUUCGCCCUUUUCCUCCUUGGGUAGGAGUCCAGGCCUUGUGCCAUCAGUCACUGACCGAGCGAUGGGCAAGAAACGAAGGCAAACUAGAAAGGGAGUGUUCCGCUGCCACUGGGAGGGCUGUGGAAAGGUGACAAAACGCAAAAGUGAGCUGAAAAAACACAUGGCUCGGCAUGAUAAGCCCUACGGAUGCACCUGGGACGGAUGCACCAAGACAUUUGGCAGCAAAAAUGACUGGAAGAGGCAUGAACAAUCGCAGCACCAACAUCCAGAAUGCUGGUAUUGCCCAGACUGUAACAAGGUGUUUUUUUACAAUGCGGAAGUUUUUAUGCAGCAUAUGCGUGAAGAACACCCAACAUAUCUGGCGCAAGAGGACGACGGUGCCGGGUAUUUCCAGAUCGCCGCCAAUUAUCAGGGACAGUAUUGGUGUGGCUUUUGCAACGAUAUCAUCCGGCAGGAUGAGCAUGGGGGCCAGGCAGUGACGGCUCGCUUCAACCACAUCGCCGACCACUUCAAGAAGGAGAACCGGUCGUCCAAGGACUGGAUUGAAUUGAGAGGGGGUGGCAAAACAAAAGGAGAACUCCAUCCACCUCCUCAGCAACGGCAGCAGGCUUUUGACUCCCAAGAUGUGUCUUCUGCUGGUGGAAGUGGGAACAUGGCAGAGUCACAGGCCUCGACAUCGUCGGCCUCAGGGGUGUUGUCUUCAUCGUCAUCUCCUUCGUUUCUCGAUGAUGAUGACGAGGAUGCCGACGCUGACACCGAUAUCGACUCGUCAUUAUCUGGAUUCCCGACAUUCUCGUCUCCUUUGAUCCCGGCGACCCCGCUCAUCAAUCAUCUGACCCGUACGGACCGACUCGGGUUACCAUCGUGGUCAGGUUCAAGAGCGAGAACAAGUUUAAGAAGAUCAGGUCCUGAAUUCAAUCAUCUAGGGGGCAUAGAUCAGGACAUUGACAUGGGUGAUCUUGAUUCGGAGCCGGAUUUGACUUUGGAUCUGACCGAAGACAACCCAACUCCCACGCAAGGUUCCAGUGGUGGACCACUGGGACCGCAACCGCAACAGCAGCAGCAACCACAACCGCAAGGGCUUUCCACUGUUUCUGAAGGCCACGGCGGUCGUCAACGACGCCACGGGCCGCCGCAGUACUACGGACCCGCUGCAAUCGUCACCUGCUGUCAGUGCAGGAGUCCCUCGGCCAUCGCGCUGGGUUAUACCCAUUGUAUGGAUCCGAGUUGUGCGCACGAGCUUUGUGGAGGGUGUAGACGGCACCCGAAUCCUCAGGAUGAGUAAAUGAGACGGAGAGAGGUGGAAGAGCCCUCGAGGUCCUGGACGAAGAGCACCGCCAGUGCAGGCCAUGAUUGAAUGCUUGAAUGAUUGCUUGAUUUAUGCUUUGAGUUAUUGGAUUGAUCUAUUUUACUAAACGGCUGGAUUUUGUCGUUGGAUUUUGUUUGGAGAGAUCGAGAUUAUCGCAGAAUAUGGCCCUUUGGUGGUUUGUUUUCUUCAGACCGACUUGGACUCAAUUUCUGCUGGGGCGUUGAUGCAUGUACGACAAUGAUGACGAUGACCAAACGACGACGGCGCCGGACGAAUAUGUUGGGACAGGUUGGGUAAGCAUAGAUGGACGACAGACCGCAGACCAGCGACCACAGUUACCAACUCCAGAUUUGCGGAUUACGGAUCACACUUUUGCAGAACCACAGAUGGGAGUUAGACGAUGGAGUGGCAUCAAUCUGACGCGAUGUUAUGCACGAUUCGGUGAUCGAUGGUGAUGCCAAUGCCAAUGACGGUGAUGGUAAAUGAUGACGAUCAGAACCAUGAGAUGUGUAUUGUUCUUGGGGUACUGUAUGUUAUACUGCAAGGGUUGAUUGAUAUCGGUUAACAGUUAGGUGUACUUGUGGGACACCUUUUAUGCUGUGGUUAGUGGGUAUUCCUAUUGCAGCUUUACGGUGUGUCGUCAGUUGUUGUUGGCAUCGAGUAUGCUGUUCGUUUGUUGAUGCUGCAAGUACCAUCAUAAUAGUAGUUCAAGUUCUUUACCUUGGA